CUACUAUCUACUAUUACUAUACUGGUCUUUGCAACAACCUCUGAGGGCAUGGAGCAAUGUCGUCUUGUUUGUCUCAAAAGCGCAGCUCCAUUCUGAUUGAAAACCCACUUGAUUCAUUGUUCCUAUCAUCCGUCUUGGCUUGCCAUGUGUGGCUGAUGAACUCUUCCCACCCUGAACUCCAGAUCUCCCGUCUCCAAGCUAUCUCUCUCGUUCUGGUUCACAGUCGACCACCCACUCAUUUCGUUCUGCAGCUAGACACCUUCUAGACAGGCCGGAGAGCAGCCUUUCUGGUCAAUCGCUGUUCUCGCGCGCCCGCGCUCCCUCCGCUUUCAGCAACAGGACUCUGCAGUCGGACGUACAAGGUCCCGGGGUCAGUUAUACUCCCCAUACCAAUCGUUCGCAGACAUCUCUUAAUUCUCGGCCUGGACGGCAUAUGUCGGGAAUGAUGGAGGUCGAGCGGACACGGACACGGAGAGACAGGACGUUUGUAGGGAGUGAAUGUGCUGUCUGUGAAGAGCCCCUGGAGCAUAUCCUCCGCGGAGAGAGAAUCCUCCAGUUCUCCUGUGGUCAUGUCUCCCAUGAAGCUUGUUUCUAUGAGUAUAUCAAAGAGUUCGAGUCACAGUAUUGCCCGACAUGCAAUGCGCCGUUGGGGCUGGACAGCAGCAGGGGAGGCAAUGUUCUGGAUCUCGAGAAACUCAGCAACAUUGUACGCUCUGUCGCUAUGAGUGACACUGCAACCCAAAGGACCGGCAUGACUACACCCGCUCCAUGGGAUCAACCUCCUCCCCGUCCUCGCAUGGGAAGCACAGACGAGCGGUCGAUGAUGGAUCGCUCCAUGAUGGAUCGCUCUACCAUGGAUCGUUCCAUGAUGGACCGAACGAUGUCGAUUAACCGCGAUUCUCGAGACGCGUACAGUCGGCGUGACAGUCACACUAGUGCUCAACGUGAUAGGGUCGAACGAUUAACUGUAUCUCAGCAACAGCAUUCCCGGAACGACAGCGGUGCCACCGGUUCUGCAGGCGACUAUCCUGACGGACAGCAUCAUAGCACCGGCAGGAGACAUGAUUAUGAUGUCCAGGCAAUGGAGUCAGAUCUGAGUCCCCGACAAGGCACUAUGAAGAACCCGAUUCCGCCCCCGAUUGUCACUGUUCGAAGCGAGUUCCCAACUCUCAACCGGUCUCGUCAGCAGCAAUCGCUCACAUGUCUUGUUACAGUGGAGGUGCCUGACGGGAACUGGCGUCCAGACGUCGAGGACCUGCGACAUACUCCUCCUGUACAAUCCCAGCCCCCGGAAGACAUCCACAGCCCUGUCAGAGCACCAUCUGUACAGGGUGCACAGUCAUUGCAGUAUGAGCCCCAGGAAAAUCUAGAGGAGAUCACAGAAGAUCUGCGGACGAGAGUCGAUAACUGGCAUGGACUUGAGUUCCAACGUUUCGGAAAGCUGCGUCUGCAUGGCAAAGUCCACGUUGGCAAAGACCGCGAGUCAUGGCAGGAGCUGGAAUGCUAUCUCUUCGCAGAGAUGCUGAUCUGUGUAAAAGAGAAAAAGCACAAUGAUCACCACCGUUAUGAUGAGCAGAGGCCCAAGCGCAAGCCGCGUUGCACCCUGAAGGGAUCUAUUCUUAUCAAGAAGCAUCUCAGAGAGGUUGAGUCUGUUUUAGAUGAACUCAUCCUUACCCUGAACCUGUCCGUCAGCGAGUUGCCUUGCUUCCAUCUGCGAUUCCAGAACCGUAACCAGAUGGAGAUCUGGCGACGGGCUCUUCUCGACCUCCACCGACCCGAACCUGUGACUCGUAAUAACGUUGAUUAUGACGUUGAUAACUCUGGCGCGGAAGAGGACGACUAUCGGACGCUCCAGACGAAGAGACAGUCAUCGGCUACUUCGUCGUAUGGAGCGGGCAAGUCUAACAAUACGGCCUUGACCGAAUACACCAACUCGGGCAGGGAGACCGUUCCCGUCAGUUUCCACGUUCCUCUCGACCUUGUGGUGGUGAUUCCAGUUUCUUCUUCGAUGCAAGGGCUCAAGAUCACACUCCUGCGGGACGCUCUCAAGUUCCUUGUGCAGAAUCUUGGCCCAAGAGAUCGCAUGGGAUUGGUUACAUUCGGAUCCAGUGGCGGAGGUGUGCCUCUCGUCGGCAUGACUUCCAAGGCUUGGACAGGCUGGAACAAGAUCCUGAACUCCAUUCGUCCUGUCGGACAGAAGAGUCUGCGUGCAGACGUGGUUGAGGGUGCAAAUGUUGCCAUGGACCUUCUCAUGCAACGGAAGUCCAACAACCCCAUCUCCACCAUUCUGCUGAUCAGUGACUCUUCGACAUCUGAUCCGGAGAGUGUCGACUUUGUCAUCUCGAGAGCAGAGGCCGCUAAAGUUGGCAUCCAUUCAUUUGGCCUUGGUCUGACCCACAAGCCAGAUACCAUGAUCGAACUAUCGUCACGCACCAAGGCGUCUUACACCUACGUCAAGGACUGGAUGAUGCUGCGAGAAUGUGUCGCGGGAUGCCUCGGAUCGUUGCAAUCGACGUCGCACCAGAAUGUGAAAUUGAAGCUGCGCUUGCCUGAGGGAUCACCCGCAAAAUUUGUCAAGAUUAGCGGCGCUCUUCAUACGACCAAGCGGGCGACUGGACGAGAUGCGGAAGCAGCUCUGGGAGACCUGCGCUUUGGAGACAAGAGAGACAUCUUGGUACAACUCAUUAUUCAGCCUGAUAAUGCCACCCAGGAACAGGUGCCCCAGGACCCUUGGGAAAGUCUCGUAUCCGGCUUGGAGGCCCUCGGCGGAUCGGACGGUGACGAACAACGCGUGGUCAGCAUUGAAGAGGUGCCUUUGAUCCAAGCGGACCUUACAUAUGGGGAUAUUCUACGAGAUGGACAUCUAACGCAUACACCCCGCCCGUCUCUCCUGGCGAUCACCAUGCUGCCGGCAAACCCCAGGGCGAAGAGUCCAGGAGCCCCAAUGACUCCCUCUAUCCCACCUCAUCCGUCCAUCGUCCAACGCCGUAUGGAAUUGCUCACAUCGGACAUGUUGAGUCGGGCUUUGACGCUUGUCUCUCGCGGUCAGAAUGACCGUGCGCAGCAUCUCCUUACUGAAACGCGAAGUAUCUUGAAGGGCCUCGGAAAAGGUGGCCUGCCUCCUCUGCCUCCAGGUGCUAAACCAACAGGCACAAGCGAUUCAGGAAGUGCAGCCGGAACGCCGAUGUCCUCAUCUCCCCGCUCAUCGUCCCAGUUUACGGAAGGUCAUUCGUCCGCAUCCGAAACUGCGACGAUUACUCCUGUUGCUGCUGUCGAUUCGCAGACCAUGAUGGCCCUUGAUGCCGAUUUGGAGGCGGCCUUAGAAUGGAUCAACCACCCGGCCGUGUUUGGACGCGACUCGCGUAAAGCUGUUCUCCAAACGAUCGGUGUGAUCUCGUCUCAGCGCGGGUAUACCUUCAGGACCCCUUCAGAAGCCCAUUGGGCGCAGAGAGUCCCAGGCGUCAGACGCGUGACCGAAAGAUCAAAAGAAUGGCGAGAGACCGGUGAUGAUGCUUUGACUGAAGAGUAGAAUGACCCGUCCGCUUUGUUAUGGCUGUUUGCUCUAUGAUUUGUGUGUUCUUUUUUUUCCCCGAAAAUAUUGUUAUUUCUCCCCCACAGGUUUGGUUUUGUAUGAUACCAUUUUUGUUUCAGGAUUAUUUUACUGCGUGAUACCAUGAGCCGGUCUUCAUCACAAUGUUUGAGGUGAGCUUGAGUGUGUACAUGACUUUUCCAAUAUGUGUGCCUUGGGAUCAUCUCACGCUUUGUCGUGGCAAACGACCUUGGCGUGCUUGGACUUCUUGGAGGCUAGUACUCGCUUUGCUGUCUUCCCCAUUUAGCUUUGUUACCCCCUUUGAUCUAUACUUCUAUAUUCUUGGGACUUCUUUUCAUUCUGCCCACCAUAUUUUAUUCACAUUGGAUAUCUAUUUUUCUUUUUCUUUUUCUUUUCUUUUCUUUUCUUUUCUUUUUUUUUUAAUCAUCUCAAACAUGUGGAUUUCUCGGUCUGUUGAAUGUUCAUUAUGAAAGGG